CAUAUUCAUGCAUGCGCAUUCACGCAACGCUCAACAAAUCCCUAGAAAUACAAUGUCUACUAGCGCUACCUACUAAACUUGAGGUAACUAGUGUAACUGCACGUUGCUUUACGCAGUACAUAAAUUUCCGGUUCCACUAUGUAGUAUAGUUUGUACGUGUGUAGAUAUAUACCAUAUCAUAAAUAAUUAAUCGAAAUAAUUUAUUUCGGAUUGGUAAUUUCAUUGAUGGAUCAUUCCAUUAUUUCUUUGCUUUAAAUUUGUGAAAACGUUAACCAUUAAAAUGAUGGAACAAAGUUCUAUUUUGAGGAAUUAUUAUAACUUUUUUUAUACACGGCACUUACUUAGUCAUCAUAAUCAUUGAUAUUUACGGUGAAUUCGUUUCUUAAACCGUUGUUUGCAACUGUUUUGUCGGUAACUUUAAUCUGACUAUAAUGUAGGUAGUUAACAUCGAAGAAUUUUUUUAUUAUUGCUUCAGUGAAGUACUUAGGAUGAGGUUCUACAUUAUUAUCAAUAAUUUUUAUAUAAAACUCAUAAAAAACUAAUCAAGAAAUUUGCUUAAUAAGAAUUUUCCACCAUAAAGACAAACUUUUAUUGCUUUUUCGUAUAAUAAUUUAUUAAAUGAUAAUUAAAAGCUAUAGAAUGUUAUACUUCCAUCAGAAAGUGUAUCUUGCAUUUGUGACAAUUAUUGUUUUCACAGCAAGUGUAAUAAUUUACCAGAUAAGUUUAAUUGAAUUCAAUAAUGGACAACAUUAUUCGGGUGAAAUACCUAUAAUUUUAUGGUGGACGCCAUUUGGAAGUGAUGGAUUACAUAGAAAUUGUGAAAAUUAUUCAUGUUAUUUUACAAGCAAUCGAACUUUCCAAUAUCAUCAUAAGAUAAGCAGUUUUCUUUUCUAUGGUACUAAUUUUCAAAUUAAUGAUUUACCAAAGUGGAAAUUGGACAGAGUUCCAUGGGGCUUGAUUCAUGAAGAAUCACCUAGAAAUAAUCCUAUUCUUGUUCAACAAGAAACUCUCAAUCUUUUUUCAUACUCCUCAACAUUUAGCAGAUUUAGUGAUGUACCUCUUACUUUGAUCGAUUUACCUGGAGUUACAGAGUUAUUAGGCAGAAAGUAUUUUGUACCAACUAGUGAAAAAACUAAACUAAUGCAUACACGAAAUCUUGCACCUCUGCUUUAUAUACAAUCUGACUGUGAUACUGCAAGUAACAGAGAUAUCUAUGUAGCAGAAUUAAUGAAGUACAUAAGAGUAGAUUCAUAUGGUACAUGUUUAAAUAAUGCUCAGUUUGACAAAAGACUAAAGGAAAAUUAUCUCGAAAUAUUAAACAGCGACGAUUUUCUCUCUUUCAUUGCCAAUUAUAAGUUUACUAUCGCGUUUGAGAACGCAGUCUGUCAGGAUUAUAUUACAGAAAAAUUAUGGAGACCCCUUAUUGUUGGAUCUGUACCUGUGUAUUAUGGAUCACCAUCGUUCAAAGAUUGGCUACCAAAUAAUAUUUCUGCCAUUUCAGUACUUGAUUUUAAAGACCCGCAAAAUCUAGCUACUUUUUUACACGAUCUUUCGAAAAACGAUACUGAGUAUGAUAAAUAUUUAUCACACAAGUUGUUUGACAAUUACGAAAUAGAAAACCAAAGAUUAAGGAAAGCAUUAGAAAAUCGAAAAUGGUUUCAAAAUGAAUUUGGAAACUAUCUAGAGGAAUUUGAAUGUUUCGUUUGUAAAGAUAUACAGAAAGCUAACAGCCGAAAAAAAACAAUCGAUACGUCACAUUACGACUGUCCACUACCCAGAAACCCUAUAACAACCAAGAUCGAUUAUCAUAAUUGGUGGACAAAACAAUGGACUCUACACAAAUCUGAUGCAAAUAUAUUGAGUUAUUACUCGAAAAAUAAUCUUACAAUGAAUGUAAAAAAUGUUGAUAUAGAUAAAACGAAACUAUACAAUCAAAACUUGGAUUAAACUGCUAAAACGUUUUCAAGCAAUUAGUAAAAAAUAAAACUAUUCUGGUCCCACGUGUGAAUUAAAGGAUAGCAAAUUUCUUAAUAUAUUACAUAUUUUUAUAAUAUUAAUCAGUCUUUUGG